ACAGUUCUUACUGUCCAGUCGUCAUGGCGACGGAGCUUUAUCCCAUCAGUGUCCAUUUGGCUGGGGUGCUGCACAAGGAGAAAAGCAAACUGUACAUGACCUCGGUGCUUUGGUCAGACCAGAACGAAGUUGUGGUUUACAGAAGUUUUGGGGAUUUCAAAAAAAUGCAUAAACAACUGAAGGCAGCGUUUCCAUCUGCGAGCAAACUGAAUAAAUCUGACAGAAUCCUCCCCAAAUUCAGAGGUAUUCGCACGAAGAAGAGCCAAAGGACGGGCUCUAACAAAUCACUGGUACGUCUGAAGUAUUUACAGAAAUACUGCGAUGAACUCCUGUGCUGUGAUCCACGAGUGUCUCAGUCUGCAGACCUGAUCCGGUUCUUCCAGGCCAAAGGUCAGGAGCUGCAGUCGGAGUUCACCAAGAACAGCAUCAUGAUCAUACCCUCUGAGGACAAGCUCAGGCACAACGGAGGACACAGCAACAGUGGGAACGUCACCCAGCCGUUCGUCACAGAGACGUACCGAUGCGUGGCGUCCUACGAGACAAAAGACACCAAGAACAAACCUUUCAAAGUGACGGCUGAGGAAAAACUGGACGUGCUCAUCAAAGACAAAGGAGGGUGGUGGCUUGUAGAAAACGAAGACAAGCGGAUGGCCUGGUUCCCUGCACCUUACCUGGAGAAGUUAGAGAACGAGGAGGACGAUGAGGAGGAUGAGAUUCUAGAAAGAGGUUUGCUCUACACUGCAGUCAAAAACUACAAGUCGACCAAAUUUGAUGAGAUAUCCAUAAACAUUGGAGCGGUGGUGGAGGUCCUGCAGAAGUCUGACAAUGGCUGGUGGCUCGUCAGAUACAAAGGGAAGAUAGGCUACAUCCCAACCAUACACCUGAAGCCGUACAGCUUGCCUCAUAUUCGUAUGACACCUGAGAAUCAAGUUCGGAGCAACUUGUCCUCCCUCAUCGCCCCUUCCUCCAAUUUGCAUCACAGCUGUUCCCAUGGAAACCUGCCACAGCUUCUACCUGUCGUGUCCUUGUCGCCCGAUUCGAUCCAAGACGAGAGCGUCCAGAGGUCCCGAUCCAGGUCACUGUGCACGCCGUCUGAGCAGUCUCAUGCACAACCUGCAGAAAGCCACAGCAUCUCUGUGACAAACUCCCCCAGCAGACCCACCCCUGUGAGAGCUCCUCCCCCUCCCCCCAUCAUCAUGGUGCAGGAUGAAGAGGAGGGCGGCAGGAUGCUGACAGCAGACACUGAUGACAGCUGUGACAGCGACAUCUUCAGCGACGAUUCAGGCUCCGUCUUCGGUGGAUCAUCCCUCAGCCUGAGCUGCGGCUCCAACGAUGAGCGGCUGCAACUUAGCCGCACGCCUCCCCCCACGGUGAACAACCUCCUCAGCCCAACAAGCCAACCACAGGGGAGAUUACUCCCCAGUGUCUCUGAUCCCAACCUCUACAAGAGCCCAACAUCACCUAAGGUGCCACCAAGGCCCCGGGCCCAGGAGAUUCUGACCCGCUGCAGCAGCGUCACCCGCAAGAACGCAGCCAAGAUCAACCUGCCCCCCAUCCUAACUGAGGGGACCAGUCGAUGAACCUCCAACUUUGCUCCACCCAAACUAA